UGCAUAAGUUACCAAUUCUUGUUCAUCUAUUUAAACACAAGACCUGGGCCUCAUGUCUACUCACUCUUAAUUUUCAACAAGAAAUUUCUUGCAUGCUUAGCUAGUCAUGGCAAUUAAGGUUCAUGGGGCUCUAUUUUCCACGUGCACCGCACGAGUUUUGAUUUGCCUCUGCGAGAAAGGCCUUGAUUAUGAGCUCCUGCCAAUUGACAUGGUUGCUGGUGCCCACAAACAACAGCCAUUUCGUUCACUAAAUCCAUUUGGCGAAAUACCUGCUUUCGAAGAUGGUGAAGUUAGUCUUUUUGAAUCAAGGGCAAUUAACCGGUACUUAGCACGCAAGCACAAGGACAUUGGGACUGAUCUCCUCCUAUCCAAUAGCUUUACACAGUCUGCCCUUGUGGAGACAUGGAUGGAAGUGGAGGCACAUAAAUUUGACAGUCCAAGUUCAGUAAUUCUUCGACAAAUAAUUGUCAUUCCAAAGUAUGGGAAAGCUCCUGAUCAGCAAGUUAUUGAAACUGAAAUGGAAAAGCUAGGAAAAGUCCUGGACGUGUAUGAGGAGAGGUUGUCUAAAUCUAAGUACCUUGCUGGAGAAAAUUAUAGCUUGGCUGAUCUGCACCACAUUCCUCCCCUUGUUUACUUCAUGAAAACUAGCAAGGCCAAUGCCAUCACUUCUCGUCCCCAUGUUAGUGCUUGGUGGAAUGACAUUUCCUUGAGGCCUGCCACUGUUAAAAUUUCAGCAACCAUGUCCCUUUUGUGAGGAUGAAUUGAAGGGUGUCAAACUCAUACUAUCAAUAUGUAAUAACUCAGUAACUACCUUCCUUUUGUUGCUAAGCAAUAAUAAGCAUGUGCCACGAUUUGAGAAAGA